AUGGAGAGACCCCGUUGGCCGCGGGGGGGCCGGAGCCGCCAUUUGGUCCCCACCACCACCGCCGCCACCGCCACCACGGUGACGCCACCGCCAUCGGUGAUGACGUCGUGGCAUCAGGGCGGCGAUGCGGGUUUGGAAAUGCGUCGUUUACGGUUCCGGCAAUUUCGCUAUCAAGAAGCAUCGGGACCGCGGGAGGUUUGGGGACGGUUACGGGAGUUAUCGCGACGGUGGUUACGACCGGAGGUGAGGAGCAAAGAGCAGAUUUUGGAGUUGGUGGUGUUGGAACAGUUUCUCACCAUUUUACCCGAAGAUAUUCAGAGUUGGGUUUGGGUUCGACACCCCCAAACCUGCGCUCACGCCGUGGCUUUGGCCGAGAGUUUUCAACCCCCCCGAGGGGAAAGCCGGGGAAUUUGGGAACGGCAGGUGACAGUGCGCGUGAAGGUGGAGGAGGUGACCCCAGGGGACGCCGAGGACCCCCAAGUAGCAGGAGACCCCCCGACACCCCCCUUGGAGUCCCCCCAACUCCCCUCCGGGGGGGACGGUUGGCAGGAGGAGGUGACCCGGGCCAAGGUCAAGUUUGUCCCUGAGGAAGAGGAGCGGCACCCGCAGGAACCAGGUCCCACCAUGGUGAGCGGAGACCCGGAGGCGUCCAUUUGGCAAUGGCAAGACCCCCAGCACCCACCCAACACCCUCCAGGCUGUCCCGAUGGCCGGGCCCCCCACCCCGGGGGCGCCCCACCGACGACAGAUCCCACGGGAUCCCACCACCUUCCCACAGCCCCUAGCCCAAGGUCUGCCUGGACCGGUGGAGACCACCAAGAACCCGGAGAAGCCUUGGGUGAAGCGAGAACCGUCGGCGCAAGGGAAGGAGCGGCCGUACCCCUGCGGCGAGUGCGGCAAGAGCUUCGGCCGGUUGACCCACCUGAAGACCCACCAGCGAACCCACACGGGGGUGAAGCCCUACGCCUGCGGGGUUUGCGGCAAGAGCUUCGGCCACCUCUCCACCCUCACCACCCACCAACGGCUGCACACGGGCGAGCGGCCUUACGCCUGCCCCUCUUGCGGCAAGACUUUCACCAACCCCUCGGACCUCAACAAGCACCAACGGUCGCACACGGGCGAGCGGCCUUACCCCUGCGCCGCCUGCGGCAAACGCUUCAGCCAACAGUCCAACCUCACCAUGCACCAACGGAGCCACACCGAAGAGCGCCCAUACCCCUGCGGCGCCUGCUGCGAGAGCUUCAAGUACUUGGCGGACCUGACGGUCCACGAACGCUCGCACACAGGCGAGAGACCUUUCCCCUGUCCUCACUGCGGCAAGAGCUUCAGCAACAACUCGGCGUUGGCGUUGCACCGGCGCAGUCAUACCGGCGAACGGCCUCACGCCUGCGCCGAAUGCGGCAAAGCUUUCGCCGUCGCCUCCCACCUCACCGCUCACCGCCGCAUCCACACCGGGGAGAAACCGUUCCCCUGCCCGCGCUGCGGAAAAUGCUUCCGCCAGCGCUCCGGCCUCGUCACCCACCAGCGGGGACACAGUACCCAAAAACCCUACAAGUGCACCGAAUGCGGCAAGGCCUUUGGGCAGAGCUCGCACCUGAUGCGACACUUGGGCACCCACACGGGCGAGAAGCCCUACAAGUGUGGCGCCUGCGCCAAGAGCUUCACCCAGAACUCCAACCUCCUGCAGCACCAGCGCACCCACACCGGCGAGAAACCCUACGAGUGCGGGGCUUGCGGCAAACGUUUCGGCUGGAGCUCCAACCUCAACCAGCAUCGCCGUCUCCACAGUGGCCAGAAGCCCUUCCAGUGCGGCCAGUGCGGCAAAUGCUUCGGCGAGAGCGCCCAUCUGCUCGAGCACCAACGCACCCACACCAGCGAGAAGCCCUACCGCUGUCCCAACUGCACCAAGACCUUCAGCCGCGGUUCCCACCUUGCUCGCCACCGCCUCCACGCAGCCGAGCGAAGGCCCGGUCCGGCUCUGGCGAUGCAACGGGGGCUCUGA